AUGCACUUCUUUGUGGUGACCUAUGAAUUCAUUUUUUGUCCCUUUAGUGGGAAUGGAAUCUUGGCAAGAAGUUUGGUGAACAGUCUGGUCGGGUUGGGACAUUUCGUGUCGGUAUGGUGCACCAAACCAGCAUCAUCAUCAUCAACAUCAUCAUCAUCAUCUUUUGGUGGCGAUGAUGAGGACGAAGUGAUGAUGACCAUUUUUCCUCAUCACAAUGGACGUCUACAGAUCUUUACAACGACUGUGGAGGAAUCCAAAUGGAGAUGCCUAGAUGAGAAUAGUGCUUGGGAGACGUUUGUAUAUUCCAAGAGUGACGAAGCAACCCAAACGGGGUUACGGUCUCUAUUUGAAGAACACAGCCAGCAUAACAAAAUGACGACGGAUUCAUCCCCAAUAAUUCCAGUGGUCAUUGAUUGGCACGGGGCUCAUGCCUAUCAAAGUCUGCCCUUUCCACCACAUUGGAAAGUAAUAUAUAUGAAUUUUCGGGUCUAUGCGGCCGGAAUUCAGGACGAGACGCGACAUGCUUGGUUGAAUCAAAUGGAACAACGGGCAUUGCAAACAGCCGACCAGGUCGUUGUGUUAUCCCAGCACGACAAAGAAUUGUUAGAAAACUUAUUAUUGGAGGGAAGCGGUAAGGAACUACAAGUCUUUUAUCCACCGCUUCGAAAGGAUAUACAAGAGCUUGGUACAUUGUCUUCUUCCUCUUCAACUCCUCCUCUUCCAUUAUUGCCAACAUCACUACCAGUCGGCAAACGAUUUGUCACUUGUGUGGUGCGCCUGUCUCCCGAAAAGGAGACGCUAAGGUUCAUUCCCUUUCUAAAUAGCAUUCGGGAUUUGAUGGAGUCCAAGGGAUGGAUCCCCAUGUUGGUUGGUUCUCCCUCUGACAAGCCAUAUGCCCAAAUGGUCCGGGACCAGUUGUUCCACGAUUUCCCACAGGCCAUGGAUCUGGUCGAUACCUUCUUGUCACCACACGAACUGUGUGCCAUUUUUCAAGCCACAGCAAUCAACUUUCAUCCUUGUUCGUACGAUGCCUAUGGCAUGACCAUUGUGGAAGCUGCGGCCAUGGGAGUCCCAUCCGUAAUCGCGGAUAAUGGGCAAGUCGGUGCCAGUCAUUUGAUUGGGAAGGAUGCCUUUGUGCCCAUGGACAUGGUGGUGGUGGCAACAAUAGCACUAGGAGGAGGAGAGGAGGAGAAUCGUGAUGAUAUUAACAGCCACAAAAGUCUGCAGCACCUCAGGACGAUACUCCAGGAUGACGCAAACCUACGCGAUAUAGGGCAACGGGCCCGCGAGCGAGCGUUGGCUUGGAACGAGGAGGCAUAUGGUUCGAGACUCGUUGCAUUGGUGUCUAGUGAUGCAUGA